AUGGGUAAGACCGGGGGCUACGAUGCGCGGGCGGCCCUUGAAUGGCUGCUCCUGAACCUGCCGAAGCAGGAGCUUCCAAGGCAGUUUGGGGGUGAGUCGCUUGGCGACGACCCCCAGGCUGCCGAACCGGAGGACGAAGGGCUAAUGCCGACAACCGACUUGGUGGAAGCGCCCUUUGGUCCUGCAGAGCUCCAGCCGGAUCCCAAAGAGGAGGCUGCCAUGGAGCUCGAGCGCUCGCAGAAGUCGCGUGCCAGAGGCGAUGCCGCCAGCGUGUGCUCCACUGCCACGCCGAAUGAGACCGAGCCGGGCGACAGCGAGGACGAGUCCCCGGACCCACAGGCUGGCAAAGCCGAGGCGAAGCCCGACUCUGCCCCUGUCUGCGACAAGGAGGCAGGGAAGGACUUCGCCCGAAGAUGGCUGGAGCAGUACGAGGAGGCAGAUGAGGAUGAAAACGCGUUGCUGAGUCCCGAGGAGAUCCUGGACCGGGAGCGAAAGAAAGAUCCGACUGCCAGGUACAUCAAGGUCUCCGCGCAGUACGAGGAGGCAGCCAAGACGCUGAAG